GGGAUGUUAGCAUGGAUUUGUAGAAUCACAAGCAGCGGUGGUCUGACCAGGACUCUUUUGAUUACCGGGGAGAGCGUUUCACAGGCCGGCUUUAUUCCUCACCGGCCUCACCACCGGUCGGACUGUUGUUCGCUUUGCCCGGGCUGGCCGCUCAUAUAGUGGCCACAUUUGAUCUUCAUCAAUGAUCUGCCGCCAAAGAUUUCGAUGCUGCAGUGUUCUUUGGGCUCUUCCAGUACCUGCAAAGAUAAAAGAAUCAGGUGUUCAGACGUCGGCCUACCAGCAGCAUCUCCCAGGCAACUAAUUGAACACCCCUAAAGCAACUUAUCAUGGCAGCUGGCACGACUCCCGUACUCGUGGUUGGAGCAGGUCCAACGGGCCUAAUCGCGGCCCUGACACUUGCCCAGAACAACGUGCCCGUUCGCAUCAUAGACAAGGAACUCCAACACCGACCCGGCCAGCGUGGUCCUGGCAUCCAGCCCCGAACAUUCGAACUCUUCCACAUUCUGCGUAUCCCCGAGAUCCAUGAACGUGCAGUCGUUCUUCCCCCGGUUCACGAGUACAACAAGGGUUCUCUCGAAGUCCUCAGAACAUUUAUCAUGUCACCAUAUACCGAGCCCACGCCAGCGAUUCCAUACUAUAAUCCCAAACUCAUGGGUCAACCUACGCUCGAAGCAAUCUUGCGCGAGCACCUCGCCAAGUUUGGUUGCGCCGUUGAGUUGGGCACCCGACUGGUCUCGUUCACCCAAGAUGACAAGUGCGUCAAAGCUAAGAUUGUCAAGCGUCGCACCGACGCUGGGAAUGUGGAGGAAAUCGAGGAAGAGAUGGAGGCAGCAUACUUGAUCGGUGCUGAUGGCGCGAAGAGCGUGACAAGAAAGCUACUCGAACUCACCUUUGUCGGCUCAGCAUGGGAAGACGGCUACAUCGUGCUGGGUGAUAUCCGUUUGGAAAUUAAAGGUCUCGAUCGCGAGCACUGGCACCAUUUUGGCCACUUUUCAAAGGAUAUAAUCUCUUUCCGCCCUACUGAUGAAGUUGGCAAGGACGGAUACCAAUUCAUGAUCGGCAGUCGUAUACGCGACCUGAAGGGUCUCGCCCAGGACGAAGUGGCUCUUGUGAAUUGCAUCAAGGAUUUUGUAGGCCUCGGAGACGAUGUCAACGUGAAGGAGCUGAUGUGGGUUUCGGAAUCUAAGCCCCACAUGAGGAUGGUGAACAAGUUUGGUGUGGGAAGGGCUUUCGUUGCUGGAGACGCUGCUCAUGUACAUAGUCCAACUGGCGGACAAGGUCUGAACUCCGGCAUUCAAGAUGCGCUUAACUUAGCCUGGAAACUUGCAUUGGUUUACAAAGGCUUAUCCCCGACUUCCUUGCUCGACACUUACUCCGCUGAACGGCUUCCUGUGAUUGCCGAAGUGCUCAGUGUCACCGCUGAGAUGCACAAGCGCACUUACCGCGAGUCGCAGUCCGAACACGCGCCCAGAUCGACUACGGACGACAAAGACAACGACAGCUCGAAGUUAGCAGAAUCCAAACUUCAACGCUCACUGCAUCGCGGAAAGAAUCUAUACAUGCUUGGCGUGAAUUACCGUACUAGCCCAAUUGUCAUCGACGAGUUCACCCCCGCUCCUACUUCGGCGGGCGCACACCGCGCAUAUGGGGACAUCCAAGAGGGCGUCUUGCAAGCGGGCGAUCGUGCUCCAGACGCUCCGGAUCUAGCACCCGUUUUUACACCCAACUGCGCAGCGCCCACGAGUUCAACGCCAUCGAAAGAAGUUCCAGAGAGCACUCGUUUGUUUGAUAUCUUCGCACCAACGUAUCAUACCGUUCUCAUGUUUACACCUGCCUUGACUUUCCCUGCCGUCCGAUCGGUGUUUGCGGCGCUAGAACAGUCGAUCGCGAAGAGUGAAUCUGUGAGAAGUUUGGUCGUACUUGCCGGUUCACUUUCUGAACCAGAUGACCGUGUCAUCAAGGACCAGAUUAUCGGUGUGGAGGUAUUUGUCGAUCAGGCAGGUCAUGCAUAUCGAGGGUAUAUUGUUGAAAGAGAGCAAAUCAAGGUUGUGGUUGUACGCCCGGAUGGGGUGGUCGGCGCGGUCGUGCACGGCGCGGAAGGUUUAGGACAAUAUUUUGAGGGAGUGUUUGGGAAGAAGGGGGGUGUGCAUCCCGUGAAGGAUGUGGUGUAGGUUUAUUUGGUGGGUUGGGGAAUUCCAGUCGUGCCACCGAGUUCAAGUGAGGGUUCACGCGUAGUUAAUAGGGAGUCGUAAAAUACCACAUGGAUG